UUUUUGAGUUUCCUUUUCCGAUACAAACGUUAACCACCGAUAGAAAAGGAAAGCAAGGCUCUGUUUGGAUUGUAAUGCAGAUUGAUUGGGAUAGCCUUCUUUCUUUACAAUCCCUAAAAUGGAAGAUUUCAGACCAAAGAUAUUGGCGAAAGGGCUACCCUUUCCAUUACUGUUCCUUCAUCUUCUAAAGUGGAAGUGGAAAAGCAACAUGAACCGCCAUAUUGGCUUUGUCAGAAAGCCACAGGCAAAGUGAUCACUCUUGAGUAGGAAUAAAAAAUAGCCUGUGAAGUUGGUGCAGCGGCUGGACUACAGGUUGAGCGUAUGCCUGGGAACAAGUGCAAUCGUAAUUCUGCCAUCCCCACAACUAGAGUUGAAAGACUCUUGAGGCAACGAGAACUAAGGAAAAUUAACAGGACACAUCGACCAAAUGAGGAAUCAGGUGAUGUUAACAGGGAGUGUGAGUACCUUGAGCAUGAAUUGAGCCUGAAAGAGGGUAAUAACUGGGGAAUUACCAAUGAAGAAGAAUUCCUGGAUGCGGGUGCAGCAGCAAGAGCGCUCCGCGAAGGAUAUGAAAGGCAGGGCAGCCGGCCUCCAAAACAACGACUUUUGGUGGUGGCAAACAGGUUGCCAGUAUCAGCAGUUAGGAAGGGUGAGGACUCAUGGUCACUGGAGAUAAGCGCAGGUGGUCUAGUAAGUGCCCUUCUGGGUGUGAAAGAUUUUGAGGCAAAAUGGAUUGGAUGGGCUGGUGUGAACGUACCAGAUGAGGUUGGGCAAAGGGCACUUACUAAAGCACUGGCUGAGAAGAGGUGCAUCCCUGUUUUCCUUGAUGAAGAGAUAGUUCAUCAAUAUUAUAAUGGCUACUGCAAUAAUAUCUUGUGGCCUCUUUUCCAUUACCUUGGACUUCCACAAGAAGAUCGCUUAGCAACCACUCGUAGUUUCCAGUCUCAGUUUGACGCAUAUAAGAGGGCCAAUCAAAUGUUUGCUGAUGUGGUAAAUACGCAUUAUGAAGAGGGUGAUGUCGUUUGGUGCCAUGAUUAUCAUCUGAUGUUUCUUCCUGCAUGCCUAAAGAAAUAUAACAACAACAUGAAAGUUGGCUGGUUUCUCCACACACCCUUCCCUUCAUCAGAGAUCCAUAGGACGCUGCCAUCUCGAUCAGAGUUGCUAAAAUCUGUUCUUGCUGCUGAUUUAGUUGGUUUUCAUACAUAUGAUUAUGCCAGGCACUUUGUCAGUGCUUGUACUCGCAUUCUUGGGCUUGAGGGUACACCUGAAGGAGUAGAGGAUCAAGGGAGGCUGACAAGGGUGGCUGCUUUUCCUAUUGGGAUAGAUUCUGAAAGAUUUAUUCGAGCUCUUGAACUUCAACAAGUCCAGGAUCACAUCAGAGAAUUGAAAGAAAGAUUUGCUGGCCGAAAGGUUAUGUUAGGUGUUGACCGUCUUGAUAUGAUUAAAGGAAUUCCACAAAAGAUACUGGCAUUUGAAAAGUUCCUUGAAGAAAAUACAUAUUGGCGUGACAAAGUAGUGUUACUUCAAAUUGCUGUGCCUACAAGGACAGAUGUUCCAGAGUAUCAAAAGCUCACAAGCCAAGUUCAUGAAAUUGUUGGGCGCAUUAAUGGCAGAUUUGGCACUUUGACAGCUGUUCCCAUACAUCACCUGGACCGAUCGCUUGACUUUCAUGCAUUAUGUGCACUAUAUGCAGUUACUGACAUAGCGCUUGUGACAUCUUUGAGGGAUGGAAUGAAUCUUGUCAGCUAUGAGUUUGUGGCAUGCCAGGAUUCAAAGAAAGGAGUUUUAAUCCUUAGUGAAUUUGCUGGAGCUGCACAGUCGCUUGGUGCUGGAGCUAUCCUAGUAAACCCAUGGAACAUCACAGAAGUUGCUAGUGCAAUUGGUCAAGCUUUAGAUAUGAAUGCUGAGGAUAGAGAGAAACGGCACCUUCAUAACUUUAAGCAUGUGACGACCCACACUGCUCAAGAUUGGGCUGAGACCUUUGUGAGUGAACUGAAUGAUACCAUUAUUGAAGCUCAAUUAAGGAGAAGAAAAUUUCCAAAUUUACUUCCAGUUGAAGAUGCAAUAAAGCGUUACUUGCAGGCCCAGAACCGUUUACUUAUACUGGGAUUCAAUGCAACCUUAACUGAACCAGUGGAUACUCCUGGUGGGAGAGGGGGUGAUCAAAUUAAAGAAAUGCACCUUAAAUUGCACCCAGACUUGAAAGAGACUUUGCAAACUCUGUGCAGUGAUCCGACGACAACAAUUGUUGUUCUCAGUGGAAGUGAGAGGAAAGACCUAGAUGAAAACUUUGGAGAAUACAACAUGUGGUUAGCAGCAGAGAAUGGAAUGUUUUUGCGUCUUACAAAGAAAGAAUGGAUGACAACAAUGCCAGAGCAUCUAAACAUGGAUUGGGUUGACAGUGUGAAGCAUGUUUUUGAAUAUUUUACGGAAAGAACACCUCGAUCUCAUUUGGAAUCCCGUGAGACUUCACUUGUAUGGAAUUAUAAGUAUGCAGAUGUUGAAUUUGGAAGGCUUCAAGCAAGGGAUUUAUUGCAGCACCUGUGGACAGGCCCUAUUUCUAAUGCAGCUGUUGAUGUUGUCCAAGGAAGUCGAUCGGUUGAAGUCAGAUCAGUUGGUGUUACAAAGGGUGCAGCAAUUGAUCGCAUCUUAGGAGAGAUAAUCCAUAGCAAAAAUAUGCAGACACCAAUUGAUUACGUCUUGUGCAUUGGGCAUUUUAUGGGGAAGGAUGAAGACAUCUAUACAUUUUUUGAGCCAGAGCUUCCAGCAGAACCAUCAGCUGCUGCAAGAGGCAAAGUUUGUGAUGCAGUCAAGACAUCUGUAGACAGACGAUCUUCACCAAAGCUUCCAGUGAGUAAAACUGGGCCAAAGGCGUCCCAAGGUAGGACUCAACGGACCUCUUCGACCAAUGAGAAGAGAACCAAUCUUAGCAGUGGUAAUUCAUGGCGGUCACCACAGGAAGGUAUACCCUGGCAUGAGGGCUCUGUACUGGAUCUCAAAGGAGAGAAUUACUUCUCCUGUGCUGUCGGGCGCAAGAGCUCAAAUGCACGCUAUCUCCUUAACUCGUCAGAUGAGGUUGUCAAAUUUCUGAAGGAAUUGGCUGUAGCACUGUCUUCUAGAUAAAGACACAAUGCUCUCACCGUCUCUGAAGCUCUUUCUCCAAAUUUUGACAAACUUACCUCUGAAUCUCAAAGGUAUGGCAGCUUAGUUUCUUUC